AUGUGUUAUCAGGUCGUCGAACGCUACUCGGUCUGCCGAUGUCUAUACUACAAACACGCCAUCGAUCCGUGUGCUGCUCAUGGACAGCGAGGACAUAUGGUCCAGGAAAAGACGGUUCUUGUAGGCUAUGCUUGCAAUACACAUAGUAGCCACCGACCCAACAUCGCCUACCACGCUGGUGUUCAUCCAGAUUCUGGCUAUGGAAGCAAUCCAUAUUGUUUUGGUCCUUUACGAUGA